GGCGUCGAACUAAAAGCGGCAUUGCAGCGGAUCCUCACCCUUCUGCCGAUUCUAUAAACUUCGGUCAGCCCACUUCCCUCCGUCGCGAUUCCCUCACGAAACAGGAUCGAGGCCAGUAUGGAAUCCGUCGCCCGCCCGUUCCCGAACCCUAACUUGAACAUCCGAACCCUCUCCUCCUCCUCCCCCCGCGGAUCCUUCACAGUGUCCCGCGUCCCCUUCGAUCAGUGGCGAAAUCGCCCCCGCCUCAGAGCCGGGCGGCACCGACCCGUCGCCGCCGUCGCGAAUCCAAGGUCCGAGCACGACGUUGUUGUCGUCGGCGCCGGGAUCAUCGGGCUGGCCGUCGCACGCCAGCUCCUGCUCUCCUCCGACCUCUCUGUCGCCGUGGUCGAUGCCGCCGUCCCCUGUUCCGGUGCCACCGGAGCCGGGCAGGGGUACAUUUGGAUGGCGCACAAGACCCCGGGUAGUGAGACUUGGGAGCUGGCUGCGAGAAGCAAGCAGUUGUGGGAGGAGUUGGCAGAGAGUAUACGAGACCAGGGUAAGGACCCCGCAGAAGUACUGGGCUGGAAGAAGACAGGAAGUUUGUUAGUUGGUAGAACUUUGGAGGAGUCAUACAUGUUGGAAGAAAGGGUCAAGCUCCUAAAUCAGGCAGGGUUGCAAGCAGAAUACUUGCCUGCAUCUUCUUUGCAUUUGGAGGAACCAGCAUUGGAAAUUGGAAAGGAAGGAGGAGCUGCUCUUGUACCAGAUGACUGCCAGUUGGAUGCCUCUCAGACUGUUGCAUUCAUUGAAGAGGGUAAUAAGCAGUUCAAUUCACAAGGCAGAUAUGCUGAGUUCUAUAAUGACCCUGCUCUUUCUUUGCUGAGGUCUUCAUGCACACAAACGGUUGAAGGUGUUCAAACAUCCAAGAACAACUUGUGUGCUAAAAGAGCUGUUGUGAUUGCUGCAGGUGCCUGGUCUGGGCCCUUAAUGCAAAGCCUCAUUGUGCAACCAAAUCUUUUGCCAAAUAUACCUGUCAAGCCUAGAAAGGGCCAUCUUCUUUUAUUGGAGAAUUUCAAGGACUUACAACUAAACCAUGGUGUGAUGGAGGUUGGAUAUAUUGAUCAUCAGGUUUUUACCUCGUCCGCCAGGUCUUUUACUCCAGGAGCAGUUGAGGAUGAUGAUAAUUUGUCAUCCAUAUCAAUGACAGCCACUUUAGACGUCAAGAGGAAUCUUCUACUAGGGAGCAGUCGCCAAUUUGUUGGAUUCAGUAGAGAAAUGGAUGAAUCUAUUGUUAAACGGAUAUGGGAUCGGGCCGGGGAGUUCUUUCCUGCUCUAAAGUCUCUUGAUAAUAAAAUAGACAAGAUACGAAUAGGACACCGCCCUUAUAUGCCUGAUGGGAAGCCUGUCAUUGGGCCAGUUCCUAGUUUACCAAAUGUUUUUCUUGCGGCUGGGCACGAAGGAAGUGGUCUUUGCCUGGCAUUGGGCACUGCAGAAAUGGUUGCUGAUAUGAUACUAGGGAACCCGAUAACAAUAGAUCAUACACCAUACAGUGUGGAAGGCAGAUUCUGCUGAUAUUUUAUUAGCUGCCAAUGAAUCCUUUAUCAUAGCUAAUAAGGCUGGCAGAUUUUGCUGAUAGCUGCUUACGCACUCCCAAAAUCUUAUUUGCUGAAUUGAUAAGGUGCAAUUUAUCAACUUAAUUAAAUCUGCUCAUUCUUGAAAACUUGCUUGUAAUAAUAAAUGAAGGGUCACGAUAUCAGCAGAAGCAUGUUUCAUGUCUGAUGUUUCAAAAACCUGUAUAUUAUGGUUGUUUCUGGUAGGACUUUGUACAACUUUCAUGAUCAUAUUUCCCAUCAAGAAUCUGCUUUUGAUUACAA